AUGGCCCCGUGGGACGAAUUUGACUCGAUAUUCUACUUCAACAAGAACUUCACCUACGAUGGCAAGAUCAUUGAGCAGAUUGUCUCCAAUCGUCGGGCUCUGGAGAACCAGUUGUUCGCCGACAGACUCUUAAGACUCGCCGGAGUCAAAGCAGUGACAAAGGCCUACCCUCCCAGGUCUAAUGCGGACCUCCGAUCUCUGGUCGACCAGAUCGUCUCUUCGGCACUAGACAUCCAUCACAAACAAGCGUUGAUCUACUACAUCUUGAAGGAUUGUCGAGCAGCGAGCGAAGCGGCUACGCAGUUUUCGCGACGAUGCCAUCUGCCCGAAAAGUAUAGGCUCUUCAUUGAAGGGCUCUGGAACCUCGACAGGCUUGAAUUCAGACGAGCUGUCGAGUACCUGACCGAACCCUCUAUCAUUCCCACUUUCCCCGACGAGAUCCUCUACGUCCUUACGCUGCCGCACCUUCCCAAACACGACGAUAGCCUCGUCAUGGCCUACUACCUAACCGUCUCUCCUCCGCUAGCCACCGAAGGCGUCCAGCGGGCCUUCUUCCAGACGCUCUGCCGCUCGAGCAUCACGGAAGCCUUCUUCUUCACCCGCAAUCACCAAGAAAUGCUUCGCCAGGCCUAUUUUGAGCUACUCAUUGAAUUCGUCCAUAACACCGAGGCGGGGCAGAUUCGCAGUCAACGGGCUAUGGAACUGAUCGGCCUUCCAUUUGAUGACCAGGAAGAACAAUGGCUGGAAGAUACCCUGCUUCGUGGCAGCGCAAAGGGUCUGCACGGCUCCAAGGACACGGUUAUGAUGCGACGACUUGCGACAGGAAAAUUGACGGGGCUCUCGCCGGAACUCGAGUCCUUAGGCGGAAAGAAAAUUGACGGGGUGAACUGGGAUGUUUUGAAGAAGAGCAUGAAGCACUCGUAG